AUUUCUUCCUUCCUCAUAAUAUUUAUAACUUUAAAUGAUUUUAUUUAUUUUUAUUUUUUAAUUUCUAUGUUAAUCUCUCAAUACACAAAUUCCAAUUCUUCACAACUCCAUCGCUGAAUCACGUUUAAUUUGGGUUUUAAGUUUCUAAUGGAUCUAUUUUGGUAUAAUAUCAAUAGAAUUUUUAAAAAUAUAUUUUUUAACAAAAAAUUUUAGAUUUAACACUUUUUUUAACUUCACAAUUCUAUUAUCAUUUUAAUAUAAAUGGUUACUCCCUCCACAUGGUUUCUCAUUGCUUUUAGUGAUGGUUAGAAAAUCAAAAGUGGCUUCGAUAACUAAUGACUAUUAUUACUGUAUCUGUAGCGGCUCAUUUGUUGCAAAGGACCCUAAUUACAAGCCUUUGGUUUGUAAGCUAUGCUCAAAAUUUAGCCACAGGGAGUGUACAAAGUAUUCGGGCAAUCAGGAGGAUUUUGAGUGCCUUCUCUGCAAGGUACACCUUCUUGACCCCUUUAACACAGUUGAUAACUUCCUCUGGUAUGAGUGUAUAGGGAACACAACAUCAUACUUCGUAGUCGACGCCACAAACCUUAGGAAGUGGCGCUCGCUCAACAAAGACAUAUAUAUGGCCUGCAUACCGCUGAAUAAGGAAGUUUUACAGCAUGAAUGGCCAAAAACAUUCCAACUAAAAAUAAAUAACGACAUGGUCCACGUGGUGAAGGAGCCUACUUGGGAACAUAAAAGGAGAGACAAUCCAAUUAAAGUAACCUACGCCAUGAGAACAGGGGAAAACUUAAUUAACAUAACAAGCACUACGUACACGGAAACUGAACCAUUAUUUUUACUGGUAAUGUUUGUGUGCAAUCAGGUUACGGUCCAGAACAUAAUAGAUACUCUGAAGAUGAACCACACAGUCCCGUAUGAGGAGGCCAGAGAUAGGAUAUAUUCAAUUUUAAAUGCAAAAAUAGAUGACGACGAGAUUGUUUGUAUGGAAAGCACACACAAAAUGGAUUUAACCUGUCCAGUCACACUGGAUAAAAUCACAAUCCCGACUCGAGGAAGGUACUGCCGGCAUAUUCAAUGCUAUGACCUUUUUGGAUACUUAAAGGUUAUGGAGAGAACAUCAGCCUUUAACAUGAGGUGGAAGUGCCCGGAAUGCCACCUAAUUGUUAAGCCAUUCGACUUGGUCAUUGACACCUACGUUGAGAAGCUCAUUACUGAUCUUCCCAAUGUCAAGACCAUCCAACUUGAUAAGGACCUUAAUUAUCGCAUAAUUUUAGAUUUAAAUAACGGUAGAGCUUCGACUAAGGCACAGUCUGACGAUGACCAGUUCAAUAAUGAUGAAGAUAUGGAUUAUGUGGCGGACCUUGAAACUACAAUGAAUUCAACAACAGACAACGUUAUUGAGCUGGAAUCAGACGAACCACCCGUUGAUGUGAUAUGUAUAAGCGAUGAUGAUGUGACUGUUGAAGAGCCGGUGCCUGAAGUAACAGAAGUACCGAAGCCUCCAGCCCCUAGAGGCCGACCAAGAAAGAAUAAACCAGUUGAGAAAAACGUUUACAAUAGUUCUUGCGUUGAAAAGAAAGUUAAAAAGAGGAAACUAAAGAAGCCUUCGGACAUGUCAGACACCAUUUCUAUAACCAUCGCAGACCAAACCUUAGCCGACUGUGUCAACACUUUUAAUCAGCAAACAUUACACUCAUUCACGAACUCCACACCGACCUAUGAUAAUUUCAUUUUAAAGCCUCCGGUAAUUAACCAGAUGAACAAAACUUAAUUUUAUCACUAUGCA